AUGCCAUACUCGACAGGAAGGGGUGGUGCUGGUAACAUCCAGUCAUCACCAAGCAUAUCGUCUCAUCAGCAUGAAUCUACCGAUUCCCAGCCACGAAACCCAAUCUCCCCUUCUAGCUCUCAAGAGGGGUCAGGGCACAAGAAGAUUUACUACUCUACAGGUAGAGGAGGUGCCGGCAACAUACAAAAGUCAGACUCGGCCCCAUCGCCAAAGUUGGUUCCUCAAGGAAGCAAUACCCCAAAGUUGCACACUGACAAAGUAUCUACCGGUAGAGGCGGAUACGGGAAUAUGGUCAGCAAUGAUGAUCCUGAGUUGACUCGCAAGUUGCAGGAUGUCGAUGGUCCCAGCAAGGACGACUUGCAUGCCGUGGCUUCGAACAAAUCAUUUUCCGUUGGAAGAGGAGGCUUCGGAAACGUGAUAUCCAAGACGAGAUCGGGUGCCAGCAGUCAGGGGCUGAGUGAAAACCACUUAUACACCAUCACCAGUCACGGAGAAAAGUUGAAGAAGGAUAAGAAGAAGGGGAUUUUCGGAAAGAUAAAGGAAGUUUUCAACACCUAA